UCGGAGGCAGUUCAUCCUCUCUGCUCGUUUGAGGGCAUCACAGUCGCAGUCAUUUAGAGGCAGGCAGACCUCAUAAGCAAAUUUGGAUUUUAUCUGAUUGAAGAAGGUAUCACUGAGACACCACCAUGUCAAACAUCACUGAAGACCCCUUCGAAGUCACGUCGGCUGAUUAUUCAGGCUAUUACGACUACGAUAUAAACAGUACCCACUUUGUAUGUAAGCAGGAUGAUAUGAGGACAUUUAGUAAGGGGUUUCUGGUGACUAUCUACACUUUGGUGUUCAUCCUGGGCUUCUUAGGAAAUGGCCUGGUCGUCUGUGUCCUAGUGAAACACCGCAACCAGACCAACAUGACUGACAUGUGUCUCUUCAACCUGGCCUUCUCUGAUCUCCUCUUCCUCCUGACGCUCCCAUUCUACAUUCACUACACUCUGAUUGGCAAGUGGACCUUCGGUGACUUCAUGUGUCGUUUCCUGUCCUGCUCCCACCACACCGGCUUCUUCAGCAGCAUCUUCUUCAUGGUUAUCAUGACGCUGGACCGCUAUGUGGUCAUCAUGUACGCUCACAAGGUGGCACGGUAUCGUACAACAAAGGCGUGUUUUUCUCUGAUCGUGUUGAUUUGGAUCGUGAGCUUCUGCGUGUCUCUUCCAACCUUCAUCUUUACAAAGUUAGAAAAUGAUGGCGAAACAGUCGGCUGUUUUUACAAACCGGAAAGUGAAAUCUGGGUCUAUUACGAUCUGUUUGCUACAAAUAUUCUGGGUCUCUUGAUUCCCAUGCUGGUGAUGGUGGCUUGCUACUCGAGGAUAAUCCCCACUCUGGUGAAAAUGAGGACGGCCAAAAGGCACAGAAUCGUCAAGCUCAUCAUCUCCAUAGUGAUCGUUUUCUUCCUGUUCUGGGCUCCGUAUCACAUUUCCCGCUUCUUGAAGUUCCUGUAUUCCACAGACCUAAUGGCCAGCGGCUGCAGUGUGGAGAUGAACCUCAAGGUGUCAACCAUAGUGUCCGAGGCAAUUGCGUACACACACUGCUGCCUGAACCCCAUCAUAUAUGCCUUCGUGGGACAAAAGUUUAUGAGACGAGCCAUGCACUUGCUGAAGAAAUGGGCACCUGGCCCAGUGAGUUUCAAGGAGAGCUCAUUCAGGAGAAGUUCAGUUAUGUCCAGAUCCUCUGUCACCUCCACUGUCAUCAUGUAGGAGCUACAAGUGGACAUACUCUGACUUUGGAUAUUGGUAGAGACUAAUCAGGCAUUCCAGGCCACUUGGUGUCCUUGUUGUGGUUUCAUCCUUAAGACGACAACGUUCAUCAGUAUCUAAUCUUAAAUACAAUCUCUGUACAUCCUUUGAACCCUUUGUAUUUUGUUUUAACCAAGACACUUCCUCCUCCUUAUGACGUUGGAUGCAGAAAGGGCAUCAGACCAAGCUUACAGUUUGGAACAGCUUGCAACCACAAAGAUCUUCACAGCCACUUCAGAUAACACAGUUUCGUUAUUUCUUCCUCACACCUUUAUAAUAAUAAUAAAAACGUCUUCCAGCAGAGAGCUUUUGCAUCCUGCUCUGCACGGUGUUUUGCAUUCAUUGAAUAAUUUUUGCUUACUGUGCAGUUGAACAAUCUAUAGGACAUUUUCAAAAGUUAUCAAAAAGAGUUGUAUUGUUUUCCUGUCUGCUGUAAUAUGUUCUGCUUUUUUUUAAAUAAAACUUCUUUCCAGAGUUUUCAAAUCUGUCAUAUUUUCACUUAAGAAUGUUUGAGGUAGUGUGUGAUCUUUCUCUCAGUUGAUGUGGCAGUCUGCUUCGUAGGAGUAUUGCUCAUCUGAAGACUGGAAGGCAAGUGGGACUUUUUUCUCCUUUUAUCUGCCAGAUUAGCAAAAUCUGCUAGCUUUUGCAUCGUGUUAGCUACUUUCAUAUAUUGAUGUAGAUGGUAAAACCGAGAGAAGAGGCAUGCACCGAGUGGAGCUCCCGCAAGACAAGGUAUUGCAGAAUGUUUUUUGGUGUACAGAUAUUUCCUUUAUUUUGCCACAUAGGACAUUUUGAAAUUCACCAACCUCUCCGGGAGAUUUUGGGAUGUGCAUCUCUUUCUUCCCAAAGCACUGCUAUAAACGGUUGCAAGUCAAAUCAUCAACACAAGAAGUCAAACAUUUCAUUGCUGAGGAGAAACUUAA